AACGCUUUCACUUCCUGCUACACAGGCCUCCCCUCGGAAAACAGCAGGGUCCAGACCAUGGCCCACCGGCCUCCUGCAUCCUGAGGAUGGCCCAGCUGGAGGACAAGGACUCCGCUGCCCCCACCAAUGGGGAGAGGCUGGCCCCAUUGCAGGUGAAUGGAGCAGGAGAGACCCCUCUAGGGGUCCUGAGGUCCCCAGAGCCACUCCUUCGCCUUCGGAGGACAUGGGGGGUGUGGCAGAUCCCAGAGCUGGAUGCCCAGGAUGCAAAGGCCCUGCUGGAACUGUGGCCACUGGGGAGUUUCCUUGUCACAGGACAUAGCCCCAGCCAGGACCUGGUGCUGAGGACGGGACCUUCACCAGGGGAAGUAAAAACCUACCAGAUCAACAAAAUUCCUGGAGGUGUGUCUCUGGAAUCCUCUAACGUCUGCAUGCCGGAUCUGCCCCAUCUCCUGGCCUUCCUAUCAGCCAGCAGGGAUGUUUUGCCCAGAAGACUGCUUUUGCCCCCUCCAACUCUAGGGCCUGGGAACGAACACACAGUUCCUCCACAGACUGGCAGGGUCCAACUCGACGCCUCAGGAAAGGCCCUCUCUGUGGUCAAUCAGCUCUACCUAGAGAUGCACAAAGAGCAGAGGAUGGAGCAGUCUCUCCCAGAGACCCCGCCAGAGACUGCCCAGAGAAACAGUCCAGCCCCCAGCAAGCCCACCCCUCACCGUGUCUCCUGGGUGGAAGGCCCACUAAGCCCAGAAGUACACUAUCCUGGGCCAGCUCUGGCCACCCUGGUGGAGAAGGAGGAGGAAGUGGAGGACGCCUACAGAGAUGAAGAGGAGGGACCUGAGGAUGCCCUCACCCUUCAUGUCCGGGCUUUGGCCAGGUCCUGGAGCAGCUAUGUGGCCAGGCAGUUCCGACACCUUCAGGAUCGCCUCACCUCGGCAGCAGGGAGCUCCCACAGGCCUGGGGACCCAGCCACAGAGCUGCUUCAGGAUGUGCAGCACCUGCUUACUGACCUCCAGGAGUACCUAGUAAAAGAUCCUGAAGUCAGGGCCGUCUUUGAGAGCAGGGGGCCUGGGGCGGCCCAGAAGGACCAGGAUCUUGGUAAUGAGGAGUUCCCUUGGAAGGGGACUUAUGGCCACUUCCUGAUCUCCCGCGGGUUCUGGUUUACCAUCUCUUGGCCCUGUAUAUGUAUUCACAUUCAACUUCUUUCUCUGCAGUCUUGUGCAUACCCAUUUGCUUUUGAGGUGUUUGCACGCCCAGCAAGGUGGAAGGGCAGACAGCUAUCGCGGCCCUGGGAAUCCGAUGGAAGGUGUUUGCGUGCCCCUACCCACCCCAGGGCCUGCCCUCCGGUUUCCCUAGAGCCCCAGGGGGCCGACGCUUUCCUGCCGGCGCUGGCGGAGGAGCUGAUCUGGAGUCCGAACAUUGGGGAGACGCAGCUGGAUGUGGAGUUCCUUAUGGAGCUCCUGGAUCCCAACGAGCUGCGGGGAGAGGCCGGGUACUACUUGACCACGUGGUUUGGAGCGCUGCACCACAUUGCUCACUACCAACCCGACGUGGGCCGCGCGCCCCAGGGGCUCAGCUCCGAGGCCCGCGCCUCCCUGCGCCAGUGGCACCGCAGGCGGACGUUGCACGGACAUGACCGCGCCAGCACCCAGGCUGACCUGCCCUUUGAGGAGCCGUGGGCAGGGGGAACAGAGCCCGGGAACCAGUGAUGGUUAGGGGUCUCAGACCCCUCUGUUCUUCAAGCAAGAUGGGGAAGGCUCACCGGGACAGCACCAGCUUCUGACCCCGUGGUUUAGGGGCAGCAAGGAGGAAGGGCAGUACUACAGGGGCCCCAGGAAAAGGGAACUGCCUGCCUCUGGGCCUUUGUACUGGCUGUUUCUGCUUCCUGGAAUGCCCUUCCCUCAUAUCCACACUGCGCCUUCCCUCCCCUCCUUUGGGGCUUCACUGCAGAUGUGCAGAUGUAACCUUUACAGGAGGCCCUCCCAGACCACCUGUCUGACACUUCCAUCCCUCUCACUUGACCCUCCACCUGGGAAGCAGAGUAACUGCGCCCCCCACCCGCCAAAGAUGUCCAUGAUCGAAUCCUUGGAACCUGUGAAUAUAUUACCAUACAUGGUAAAAGGGCCUUUGCAGAUAUGGUUAAAGUAAGCACCUUGAGAUGGGGAGAUUAUCCUGGAUUAUCCAGGUGGGCCCGGUGUAAUCACAAGUGUCCUUAUGAGAGGGAGGCAGGAAGGUCAGAGUCAGAGGAGGAGAUGUGGCAAUGGAAGCAGACGUCGAGUGGUGUGGCCAGGAGCCAAGGAAUGCCAGCAGAUUCUAGAAGCUGGAAAAGACAAGGACUGGACUGUCCCCUAGAGCCUCCAGAAGGAACACAGCCUUUGAUUUUAGCCCCGUCAGAACCACUUCAGACUUCUGACCUCCAGCCCUGUAAAAUAAUAAAUUUGUGUUCUUUUAAGCCACCAAGUUUGUGAUCACUUGUUAUAGCAGCAACUGGAAAUGCAUACAGCUUCUCAGCACUGACUGUAUAAAAGAGAAGAGAAGGGGAAGUAAUGCCCAACGCGACAAGUGAUGCUUAUCCAGAGAUACAAGAAUUUACUGGGAAAGUAGGAAAGCCCUCGCAAUCCGUCUCUUGAAGAGAUGUAUUGCCAUGAAAUGCUUAACAUUUUAUGUUU